UCUGCAGGCCCUGCUGGGCGAGUGACUGGCCCUUUAAGGGCCGCCCCCGAGGAGGUGCCAGGCCCGGGUGGCGCCGUCUGUCCUUCCUGGUCCUGCGGGGCCAGGACUGUCCGCGGGGUUGAGGGAAGGGGCCGUGCCCGGUGCCAGCCCAGGUGCCCGCGGCCUGGCUCCAUGGCGCUGGUCACAGUGAGCCGUUCGCCCCCGGGCAGCGGCGCCUCCACGCCCGUGGGGCCCUGGAAUUCCUGAGAAAGGGGAGGGGACAGCCCUCCCCGCCCUCACCCUCCCCUGGGGCUGCUCUCUCGGCAGGACCGGGCGGUCCAGCGAAGGAGUCGACUCCAGCGAAGGCAGAGCUUUGCGGUGCUCCGUGGGGCUGUCCUGGGACUGCAGGAUGGAGGGGACAAUGAUGAUGCAGCAGAGGCCAGUCCUGAGCCAGCAGAGGAGCCCCCGAGUGAGGAGGAGCUCCGCGGGGACCAAACAGACUUCGGGCAAGGAUCCCAGAGUCCCCAGAAACAGGAGGAGCAGAGGCAGCACCUGCACCUCAUGGUGCAGCUGCUGAGGCCGCAGGACGACAUCCGCCUGGCAGCCCAGCUGGAGGCAGCCCGGCCUCCCCGGCUCCGCUACCUGCUGGUAGUUUCUACACGAGAAGAAGGUCUGAGCCAGGAUGAGACAGUCCUCCUGGGCGUGGAUUUCCCUGACAGCAGCUCCCCCAGCUGCACCCUGGGCCUGGUCUUGCCCCUCUGGAGUGACACCCAGGUGUACUUAGAUGGAGACGGGGGCUUCAGCGUGACGUCUGGUGGGCAGAGCCGGAUCUUCAAGCCCAUCUCCAUCCAGACCAUGUGGGCCACACUCCAGGUAUUGCACCAAGCAUGUGAGGCAGCUCUAGGCAGUGGCCUUGUACCGGGUGGCAGUGCCCUCACCUGGGCCAGCCACUACCAGGAGAGACUGAACUCCGACCAGAGCUGCCUCAAUGAGUGGACAGCUAUGGCCGACCUGGAGUCUCUGCGGCCUCCCAGUGCUGAGCCUGGCCGGUCCUCAGAACAAGAGCAGAUGGAGCAGGCGAUCCGUGCUGAGCUGUGGAAAGUAUUGGAUGCCAGCGACCUGGAGAGUGUCACUUCCAAAGAGAUCCGCCAGGCUCUGGAGCUGCGCCUAGGGCUCCCCCUCCAGCAGUACCGUGACUUCAUCGACAACCAGAUGCUGCUGCUGGUGGCACAGCGGGACCGAGCCUCCCGCAUCUUCCCCCACCUCUACCUGGGCUCAGAGUGGAAUGCGGCAAACCUGGAGGAGCUGCAGAGGAACAGGGUCACCCACAUCUUGAACAUGGCCCGGGAGAUUGACAACUUCUACCCUGAGCGCUUCACCUACCACAAUGUGCGCCUCUGGGAUGAGGAGUCGGCCCAGCUGCUGCCGCACUGGAAGGAGACGCACCGCUUCAUUGAGGCUGCAAGAGCACAGGGCACCCACGUGCUGGUCCACUGCAAGAUGGGCGUCAGCCGCUCGGCAGCCACAGUGCUGGCCUAUGCCAUGAAGCAGUAUGAAUGCAGCCUGGAGCAGGCCCUGCGCCACGUGCAGGAGCUCCGGCCCAUCGCCCGCCCCAACCCCGGCUUCCUGCGCCAGCUGCAGAUCUACCAGGGCAUCCUGACUGCCAGCCGCCAGAGCCAUGUCUGGGAGCAGAAAGUGGGUGGGGUCUCCCUAGAGGAGCGCCCAGGCCCUGAAGUCUCUACACCAUUCCCACCUCUUCCGCCAGAACCUGGGGGUGGUGGGGAGGAGAAGGUUGUGGGCAUGGAAGAGAGCCAGGCAGCCCCAAAAGAAGAGCCUGGGCCACGGCCACGUAUCAACCUCCGAGGGGUCAUGAGGUCCAUCAGUCUUCUGGAGCCCUCCUUGGAGCUGGAGAGCACCUCAGAGACCAGUGACAUGCCAGAGGUCUUCUCUUCCCAUGAAUCUUCACAUGAAGAGCCUCUGCAGCCCUUCCCACAGCUCGCAAGGACCAAGGGAGGCCAGCAGAUGGGCAGGGGGCCUCAGCCUGCCCUGAAGUCCUGCCAGUCUGUGGAUACCCUCCAGGGCACUGCCCUGGUGGCCAACCGGACCCAGGCCUUCCAGGAGCAGGAGCAGGGGGAGGGGCAGGGAGAGCCCUGCAUUUCCUCUACGCCCAGGUCCCGGAAGGUGGUGAGGCAGGUCAGCGUGCAUGACAGCGGAGAGGAGGGCGAGGCCUGAGCCCUCACACACACCCACAUUCCCCUAGACACUAAAUAGAGGAUCUACAACUCCUUGGAGAAACACCCUCACGUCUGUCGCCGCACACAUUCCUCUCAGCUCCGCCCCACACCCGUCACUACAGCCUCACCUCCCACCCGUCACCACGGCCUCACCUCCCACCCCUGUCACUACAGCCUCACCUCCUACAGCCUUAAGUCCUAGACCCACGUCCGCCUGUCCAAGGGCUCAAGACUUUCUAACUGGGAUGUGGUAGAGGGACUGAAGGUGCCUUUGGGGGCAACAGCACCCUAGUUUCAUUCUCAACUCUAGCCCUGAACACUCACCUGUGUCACAGAAUGAAAACAGAGCUUCCAGUGCAAAAAGGGUCAUGCCUCCCACCCCCACCCCUUCCCUGCACCUCCUAUCCUCUCCCAGUUCAUUCCUGGAACCAGCCAGGCCAGGCAACCAGUGGCCCCCAAAGGCAGGCAAGAUCCUCAGGCCCCAGCCAUGGGAGGCUGGAAGGGCUGGCAGGUCGCUUCCCUUGUCCACCUCGACCGGUCCAGGUCUUUGCUGCUGUCCCCAGACCUCCUGUGACACCACGCCAGAUCACAGGGCACCAGGCCAGAGAUAGUCUUCUUUUUGUCCUUUCUGGCCUCUGGCUAGUCAGUUUUUCAUAGCCUUAUAGUAUCUGGCUUUGUACUGAGAAAUAAAACACAUUUUCAUAUUUGGUUA